CCCUGCAUGUAACGUGAUCGGGAUAAUUACGACUAAGCUUGGUCACGGUAUACAUCUUGACUCACCUGACUUCGUUGUACACCUGAAUAAAUACAGAGUGAUCAACAGUUUCCAUGUUCCACUUUCCAUUUUCCAUUAUCCAUUUACCUUCAAAAUGUCUUCUCUGAAGCCUGCUCGCUCGGUAAUCAAUCUAACGGGCUGGUCUCCUCCAACGGACUAUAUCGCCAAAGGGGAGCCCCUUUUUGACACCUUGACUUCGACUGCUGAGGACCUACGUCGAGAAUUACAACAGCAAAGAAUCACUUCUGUCCAAAUAAUUAGGGAAUACUAUCGAUCCAUUGUCCAGUUUAAUGGCUACCUCAAUGCCAUAUACGAACUAGCACCAGGUGCCCUCGCCGAAGCUGAGCGUCUAGAUAAUUUGCGUGCUGAUGGAGUUGUUCUCGGUGCUUUUCACGGGAUUCCAAUCCUUCUUAAGGAUAACAUCGCUACGGAUGCUUCUUUGGGUUUGGGAACCUGCGCUGGAGGUAUCGCUCUGAUUGGCUCCGUGCCUAAAAAGAAUGCAUCCAUUGUGGAAAAGCUUGUCGAUGCCGGUGCCAUUAUUCUCGGAAAAGCAACUAUGUCGGAAUAUGGUGAUUUCAAGAGCAUGACUAACAGGUCGGGAUGGUCAGCAGCAGCUGGCCAGGCGCAAAAUCCAUAUGUGACAGGCGGCGAUGACCCACAAGAUGGGCUGGGUGGUCACAGUAGUACUGGUGGAUCAUCUUCGGGGUCCGCCGUUGCGGUUACUGCAGGUCUUAGUCCGAUUUCAAUAGGAACAGAAACACAAGGCUCUUUGAUAGUGCCUGCAGUCAGGGCAGCCUUGUACACCAUCAAAGUUGGACAAGGAAUCAUUCCAGGCGAUGGAAUUUUCCCGAUCAGCCACCGAUUUGACACUGCAGGACCCAUGGCUAAGAGCGUCAAGGACAUAGCUGAUCUUUUGACUGUCCUGGUUGAUUCGCAUUCGACAACCGUUCCAGAGGGAGGAUACUCCUCUGCCAUGUGCGGGUCAGACGGAUGGAAGGAUCUCACUAUUGGCACCCUCGACCCUGACGAUUGGCUGGCCUCAGAAAUGAUGAUCAAGCCCGUUGCCGAAGCUACGGCGCAGAUUAAACACGAGACACUUUCAGCAUAUAAAAUUAUUCAAGGAUUGGCCAAAAGUUACCACCAGAAAGUUCCGCUUCCCUCAGCCGAAAGCUUCAAUAUUAAUGGCGAGGACGCAUUCCUGAACAUACUAUUGGGUGACUUUCCGAGUGAUUGCAAUCGCUACCUGGCUGGCUUGGAAAGCAGCAGAGUCAGAAGUCUACAAGAAUUGGUGGAAUGGAACCGAGCCAAUGGGGCUGUCGCCCUCCCACACGGAUGUGAUUCUCAAGACAUUUUAGAGCAUGCGUUGAAAUCGAAAUACACAGACGAGGAAUUUUCAAAGUUCCUGAAUCAUGUGCAGUCGAUUGGAACCAAAUUUGACGAUGUUUUUGAAAGGUAUGGUCUGGACGUGGUUAUUGGUCCUACAGACUGUUUACUUGGCAUGUUCUCUGCCGUAAAAGCGGCUCCGAUUGUGAAUCUUCCUCUAGCUUACCUGGACUACAACGGGCGACCCAUAUCCCUGCUGGCGGCUGCGCCUCGCCAUAAGGAAGCUACACUCAUAAAGCUGAUGAGUGCAUUUGAGGCUACAUUUCCACCCAGAAAGCCACCUGCAGCUUUCCGGCAGCGCAUUGUUUGAAUUUUACUGUAGACAUAGUUUGGGUGCCAAUGCUAUUUCUACCCGAUAUA